CCUAGGCAUGUCCCGUUAGCUAUCCUACAGUUACCCUACAGCUUCCCCCAACCGUGCGUGGUUUAGAGCGCAUGUCCGUGGGUGUCUUGUCGCGUCGUGUUUUUUUCCCUGAUUUCUUCUUUCCACUCACUCUUUCUCUUCUCUUUUCCCAUUAUCAACGAUUUGGGUAGAAUAGAGUAGAGACAACCAACCAUCUUCCCACGACUACUCUACUACUCUUGUCUACCUCGCGCAGUCUCAACAUGGCCGACGUCUACCGCCCCUAUCAACGCGAGAGAUCUCGUUCCCCUCGUCGUCGUUCCCGGAGUCCCCGACGGAGCCGUCGCUCAUACUCGCCCCGCAGUCGUUCGCGCAGCCGUGACGACUACCGUACUGAUCGCCGCUCCCGUUCGCCUUUGAGUCCUUCCGGUGCUGCUUCUGCCGGUGGUCGCGCUAGUUACGGUCCUCCUAGACCUUUCGAAGAACGAGUUGUCGCCAAAGAGCAAAUGAUGCAGACCGUUCGCGAAUCAUCCCAGCAAGACCGUCGGGUCUAUGUGGGCAAUCUGUCCUACGAUGUCAAGUGGCAUCAUCUGAAAGAUUUUAUGAGACAGGCUGGAGAGGUUCUCUUUGCCGAUGUCUUACUACUUCCCAAUGGAAUGUCGAAGGGAUGCGGGAUUGUGGAAUACGCAACAAGGGACCAAGCGCAAAAUGCUGUCAACUCGCUCAGCAACCAAAACCUUAUGGGUCGUCUCGUCUACGUUCGCGAGGACCGUGAAGCUGAGCCCCGCUUCACUGGUGGCCCCCCUCGCGGUGAAUUUCCCGCCCGGGGCGGCGGUUUUGGAGGUGGCUUCGGCGGCGGCGGUGGCUUCGGUGCCGGCGCUGCUGGCCGACAGCUCUACGUGAACAACCUCCCGUUCAAUGUUGGCUGGCAAGACCUGAAGGAUCUCUUCCGCCAAGCUGCUCAGCAAGGUACCGUGAUCCGUGCCGAUGUCCACACCGACCCCACUGGUCGUCCCAAGGGCUCUGGAAUUGUCGCGUUUGAAUCGCCAGAUGAUGCGCGCAAUGCCAUUCAACAGUUUAACGGCUACGACUGGCAAGGCCGGAUGUUGGAGGUCCGUGAGGACAGAUUUGCCGGUGGUCCCCCUGGCUUCGGCGGCCGCGGCGGUUUCGGCGGUGGCUUCGGUGGUCGUGGUGGUGGCUUCGGUGGUCGUGGUGGUGGCUUCGGUGGCCGCGGUGGAUUUGGCGGUGGCUUCGGUGGCCGCGGCGGCUACGGCGGUGGUCCUGGUCCUGGUCCUGGCUUUGGAGGACCAGCAGGACCCGGAGGACCCGGAGGACCGGGCUUCGAACCUGUUUCCGCAGUGCCUCCGAACCCGUUCACGGACUUUGCGACGUCCGGUGGAGACCGGUCUGCCGUCAUCUAUGUGCGCAACCUGCCCUGGUCCACAUGCAACGAAGAUCUUGUGGAUCUGUUCUCGACCAUUGGAAAGGUUGACCGUGCCGAGAUUCAAUACGAGCCUAAUGGCCGUUCUCGUGGCACUGGUGUUGUCCAGUUUGACAGUGCGGAGACUGCCGAAACUUCCAUCGCCAAGUUCACUGGCUACCAGUACGGUGGUCGUCCCCUGGGCAUCACCUUUGUCAAGUACAUGAACGCGGGCCCUGGUGACCCUGAUGCCAUGGACAGUGACUUCCAACCUCCUUCUGGAAUCACUCAGGAUCAGAUCAUGUAAUAAUAGGAAAUUAUUACUGUAUACUUUUCCUGGCGGCAAUCGGUCGGUUCUGAAAAGUUGAGAUGAUAUUACCCUGAGAUUGUGAUUUUAUGGAGGUAUUCUUGGUUUGUCUUUUUAUCUUUGCUUUCUAAUAUCCUCCUUGUUUCCUCCACUAGUUACCAUGUUUUAUGGGAAAAUAACAGGAAUUGAUGAUUUCUGACCUUGUCCUGCUCGUUUGCUUGUAUUUAUCGGUCUGAUAAUUGAUCUCCAUCUCUGCUAUCUCGGCGAA